UGCUGUUGAUCGCAACGGACGACAACAGCGACACCGCCAGGACCGACUAACCGACCAACCGACCGACACCUUCGACCAAGCACGGACGCCAUGGCAUCGACGCUUUUACCUCUGGAGCUGGUGGACAAGUGCAUUGGAUCGCGCAUCUGGGUCAUCAUGAAGUCCGAGAAGGAGUUCACGGGCACGCUUCUGGGCUUUGACGACUUUGUUAACAUGGUAUUGGAAGAUGUGACGGAAUACGAAAACACCCCGAACGGACGGAUCCAAACCAAGCUGGACCAAGUGCUCCUCAACGGCACCAACAUCUGCAUGCUGAUUCCAGGUGGAGAAGGCCCGGCUGCAUGAUCAAGGGCUUAUGGGACGCCCCGAGCGCCGCAGAGACAAAUGCGUGCUGUUUCGGUUCUCUUCAUCGAUUCGGCUGGACAGCAUCUGCAAAUUGAGAUAUGCCCUUCGGCAUUCUGGACGAAUUCCGAUGGCCUUCUGGAUGCAUUGCGGUGACAUUCUGGAUGCAUUGCAACGGCAUUCCACGAUUCCAAUACACACGUUUGUCCAUCUCCGCCGCCCGUCGAGCUUUGUCUCGUCAUCUGUAUCGCCAUCCUCCGAUGUCUGGCGCUGUGGCGAAGUGUGUGGCG